AUGGCGGGCAUGUCUACAUUCUAUUUUUUCUCUACUGGAAUAGCCAUAUUGUCAGGUGUGGCAUGCAUUUUCCGUUCCUGGCGGAAACUUUACGUUGCCUCCUCUAUUCCUUCCAUUCUAUUCCUUGUCAUUGUGCUUCCUUUUAUCUCUGAGUCCCCUCGAUGGUACCUUGUUCGUGGGAGAAUCAAUGACGCAAUGAAACUAAUGAGCACGAUUGCUAAAUCGAAUGGAAAUCACCUUCCUGAUGGACUUAUCCUGGCCCUUGAUGAAGAAGCAAAUAACAGUGCAAGCAAUGAUGACCAGAGCUGCAAGGAAAAGCCUGCAACAAAAGAAGCAAUAACAGGUUCUCUAAUUGAUGUAAUCCGCUCACCACUCACCCGUAUCCGUUUGUUCUUAGCUGUGGCAAUUAACUUCUUGUGCUCCGUUGUUUAUUAUGGGAUUAGCCUAAACGUUGUGAAUCUUGAAACCAACCUUUACCUAAAUGUGCUGCUUAAUGCUGUAGCUGAAAUGCCAGCAUUCACUAUAACAGCUCUUCUAUUGAGCAAGUUUGGGAGGAAACCAUUGGCAAUUGCAACACAAUGGUUCAGUGGACUCUUCUGUUUCAUAGGAAGUUUGAUGGGAAACGCUGGGAUAUGGAAAAUCAUAAAAAUGAUUUGUGGGAUUUUGGGUAUUUUCGGGAUGGCUGGGACAUAUAAUUUACUGUUCAUAUACACAGCAGAGUUGUUUCCUACGGUAGUGAGAAAUGCAGCUCUUGGCAGUGCAACACAGGCAGCGCAAAUGGGGGCAAUACUGGCACCAUUUGUGGUGGUUUUGGGGGGUGCGUUACCAUUUGCGGUGUUUGCAUUUUGCGGAAUUAUGGGAGGAUUGCUUGCAUUUUACUUGCCGGAGACAUUAAAUCGGCCAUUGUAUGACACAAUGACUGGAAUGGAGGAUGGAGAAAGUGGUUGUAGAAGCGUUUGA